AUGUACAGGUCCAUAGUAGUUAACAAAUACAAGGAUGAUGAUUAGAUUACCAUCGAAGAUUCCUCUUUAGAUGAACUAAGAGAAGAAUUAAAUGAUAAAAAUUUUUUAGUUAAGCUUCAUGCUGCUCCUAUAAACCCACUAGAUUUGCUAAAGUUGAAUGGGCAUAUCUUUUCGUACAAACCUCCAUUCACACCUGGCUCAGAAGGUUCAGGAGUAAUAGUUGAAGCCAAAAAUAAAGAACUAAUAGGAAAGAAGUUAUCUUUCAUCUCUCCGAUAGGUUCAUGGAGAGAAUACUCUGUAGUUUCUGAAGAAAAUGCCAUUUUGUUAGGAGAUGAUGUGGAUCUAGAUUCUGCUGCAUGUGGAUUUAUUAAUCCAUUAACAUCAUAAGGCUUAGUUCUCUAAGCUAUCAACCACAAUGCUAAAGGUAUUGUCAAUUUAGCUGCCCAAAGCACUAUUGGUAAGAUGAUUAAUGAUUUAGCAUUUGUUAGUGGGUUGAAUUGUUUAAAUGUAAUAAGAGGAGAUCAAAAAAGAGUUGAUGAGCUCAAGGAGUAAUAUAAAAACUAAAAUGUUAUCACUUUAGACUAAGAUCCCAUAGAAUUUUAGAAAUAAGUGAAAGAACUAAGCGAAAAAUUAUAGGCUACUGUUUGCUUAGACCCUUUAGGAGGUCCUGUUUCUGGCUAAAUCUUUAACAAUCUUCCAACAAAUAGCAAAUUAGUAAACUACGGAUCUCUAAGUGGUAAAGACAUAGAGGGUAUUAAUCCAGUAUAGCUAAGAUGGAAACAUAAAUCGAUAGUAGGUUUUGAUAUAUUUAGUUGGUAUGUAGGUUUAAAGCCUGAAGAAAAGAAAAAAUCAAAGAACAUUGUCAGAUAACAUGCAAAUACUAUAUUUAAAAUCUAAAUUGAACAAACUUAUAGCUUUGAUUAAGUAAAGGCAGCUCUAACAUUAUUCAGAAGCUUGAAAGGAGGUAGAAAAAUAAUUUUAAAACCAUUUAUUUGA